UGCAAGUUGUCGGGGUCACCUUCACGCAAUAACCGUUAGCCAAUCAAGAAUCUAUACACUCGUCGAACACACUGUUCGCGCUCUAAUAAAUUUUAUUUAGUUAAUAAAUCGUGCAAGUUUUCUUUACUUUUCAGUAUGAGUGGUGAACCUCAAGCAAAGCGAACGAAAAUGAGUUCUUUGGAUCAGUUAAAGCAAUAUUCUACAGUAGUAGCAGAUACCGGUGAUUUUGAAGCUAUGAAAGCAUACAAACCCACCGAUGCUACUACAAACCCAAGUUUAAUUCUGUCUGCUGCUGGAAUGGACCAAUAUCAGCAUUUACUAGAUAAAGCAAUCAAAUAUGGCAAGGACUGUGGGGGUACAAUCGAAGAGCAGUUGGCUGAAACAUUGGAUAUGCUUAGUGUUUUGUUCGGCUGUGAAAUACUUAAAAUUAUUCCGGGACGAGUUUCUGUUGAAGUAGAUGCAAGAUUAUCUUUUGAUAAGGAUGCAAGUAUGUCUAAGGCUAUAAAGUUUAUUUCUAUGUUUGCUGAACAUGGUAUUAAAAAGGAAAGAAUUCUUAUUAAACUAGCAUCUACCUGGGAAGGAAUUCAAGCUGCUAAGGAGCUAGAAAAAAAACAUGGCAUUCAUUGUAACUUGACUCUCCUUUUUUCGAUGUACCAAGCUAUUGCUUGCGCAGAAGCUAAUGUUACUCUUAUCUCUCCAUUUGUUGGAAGAAUUUUGGACUGGUAUGUAGAGCAUACAAAGAAGACCUAUGCAGCGACAGAAGACCCCGGAGUGCUAUCUGUGACCCGUGUCUACAACUAUUAUAAGAAGUUUGGAUACAAAACUCAAGUUAUGGGGGCUUCUUUCCGUAAUACUGGGGAGAUAACUGAGCUUUCUGGUUGUGAUCUUCUUACUAUCAGUCCGAAAUUGCUGCAGGAACUGGCUAAAAGUGAACAGCCUAUUAAAAAGGUUCUAGAUCAAAAAGUGGCCGCGGAAAGUGAUUUAGAGAAAAUAUCUUUAUCCGAAGCACAGUUUCGUUGGCAUCUCAAUGAAGACCAAAUGGCCACCGACAAAUUGUCCGAUGGAAUUCGGAAAUUCGCCGCCGAUACAAGAAAACUGGAAUCGCUUAUCAAAGGAAUGCUUGCCAAAAAAUAAUUUUCAGAUUUUUUGUGCGUUUUACAUGUGAUUAGGUAUAGGUAAAACUGGAGGGCCAAUUAUUUACAUUCCUGUUGUUUUAUAUAUAUUUGGUAAUGUUAAUAAAUAAUUGAAAAUA